AUGGUUCGUUCAGCGGUCAGGCGGCGGGCGACGACCAGCAGAAUAUCUCGGCUGGUAGCCGUCGUGUCGCCGUACCCAAUCUUUUACCUAUUUUUGUUGCUGCGAGCUGGUGCGGGUGCGAAGCUGUCACCCGCUACCAACGCGCGCCAGAUUGAGCAGCGAUUCGCGAUGGAACCACAGGAUCAGACGGCUAUAGUUGGGUCGAGAGUGACGCUACCCUGCCGAGUGGUGAAUAAGUCGGGCCAGCUACAGUGGACCAAAGAUGACUUCGGGCUGGGAACGCACCGGAAUUUGAGUGGAUUUGAGCGUUACACCAUGGUGGGCAGUGACGAGGAAGGAGACUUCUCGCUGGACAUCUCACCCGUGAUGCUGGACGACGACGCCAAGUACCAGUGUCAAGUAGGACCUGGCAGAGGAGGAACGCCCGGCAUACGGUCAAGAUUUGCCAAGCUUACCGUGCUGGUACCGCCGGAGGCACCGAAAAUCGUCCAGGGUGACUUCAUGGUUACGACGGAGGACCGCGAGAUAGAGCUCGAGUGUGUGUCGGUGGGCGGAAAACCGGCCGCCGAAAUUACCUGGAUCGAUGGACUGGGCAACGUACUGACCAAAGGGAUCGAGUACAUGAAGGAACCGUUGCGCGAUGCACGACGCUACACCGCCAAAUCGAUACUGAAGCUAACGCCGAAAAAGGAACACCACAACACGACCUUCACCUGCCAGGCGCAAAACACAGCCGACCGAACGUACCGCUCGGUGCGGUUGAAGUUGGAGGUGAAGUACGCACCGAAGGUGACAAUUGCUGUGAUAGGCGGAGCGCUCAACGGGGGCCGCAUUCUGGAAGGUACGGAGGUACGGUUGUCGUGUCGGGCGGAUGCAAACCCACCGGAUGUAACCUUCCGCUGGUACGUUGGGGACGAGCUGUCCGAGGCUAAUCAUGCAUCGGAGCUGCUUAUCGCCAACAUCUCGCGACGAUAUCACGGUACCACGGUCCGAUGCGAGGUACGUAACGCCGUUGGGAAAAGUGAGGAAACCGUUACGCUCGAUAUCAGUUACGGACCCAGCUUUCGCACCCUGCCCCAAUCGGUUGAGGCAGACCAGGACACUACCGUUACGCUCGCUUGUGAUAUUGAUGGAAAUCCACCGCCGGACGUGCUCUGGAUACACGAACCUUCCGAUCAGGUCGUGUCCAGCGCCACCAACGUAACGCUCGUCGUCACGCCGGCCACCGCCGGCCGUUACUACUGUAAGGCGAGCGUGCAAGGUUUCGCUGAGGUAGAGGCCGAAGCGACAGUCUAUCUGCGUGGUCCACCGGCCAUCAGCUCGCCGCGCGAACAGUACGGAGCGGUACACGACAGCGCUCAGCUCGAGUGUGUUGCACUCUCGAUUCCUAAGCCCCGGCACGUGCUGUGGUCGUUCAAUGGGCGUGAGAUUAAUGCCAGCUCGGAGCCCAAUGCGGCCGAGUAUCGGGCAAUGGACAGUCUCACACCGAACGGUGUUCGGUCUACGCUAAUCAUUCAUCACUGUCAGCGAGAACACUUUGGACGGUACAACUGCACUGUCAUUAACGACUACGGUAUUGACUUUCUGGAAAUUGACUUCGUCUCCAAAGAACAAAAUCUAUUACCAGUUAUCGUGCUCGGCUCACUCGGUGGAAUCACGUUUUUGAUCAUCGUUAUUGUGAUUGGCAUAUGCUUGUGCAGUCGUCGCAACAAAAAGAAACAUCUACCACCGGCCGACGUCAUACCGAAGUAUGAUGUGCCAGGGAAGGAUUGUGGUGAGCAUGGCGGCACAACGGUUAGCACCGAGCAUAAAAUAGACCGUAUCGAUGAUAUGCUGGACGGUGAGCAUCCGCGGGACACCAUCACCACCAACAUUGCGCUGAACGUGCGUUCGGCCGCCAUGCCACAAACCGGUUCCGGUGCAAUCAGCUCAUCACUGACAGCGCUCAAGGGUGACACUACCACCGACUACAGCCGGUACUCGGGAGACUUUUCCGACUCGCUAAGCCAUCUCCAGUGUCCGAAGUCGACUGGUCCAGGGGGUGGUGUCGGUGCGGGUAGCAACAAUGGGUACGUGCCGUACGUCAACUAUGCCCGGGACUACAGUCCACCGACGCAACAUCUGAUGCAGUUUAAGGCAAGCAGCAGCAGCAACAGUAUCGGCAACACGCUUACCGGCAAACCACCGGCCAAGCCACCGAACGGUCAGCUCCCGACCGGCACGAUGACACUGUCGCGGAAGCGCACCCCGGCACCGGAUCUGACCCGGCCACCAGAACCGGGCCUGCCAAGCAUCCAGAGCAGCGUUUCCUCCAUACCGAACGGAUUAAUGAAUCAUCCAAUGCUUGGUUGCCACAUCGGGCUGGAUACGAGGUUCGGUGCCAACUACGGUACACUGCACGGUCGCGGCAGCAGUAGUCCGAUGCAGCUACCCCCACCCGCCACGGCCAACCCUGCCGCCACCCCGGCCCCACCACCGUACAGUGCGACACGGAACCAGAACUGUCUGCUUGGGCUAGGGCUACCACCGGGACCGACCGGUGCCACAUCCAGCAGCUUAGCAAGCAGCGGUAACAACUCCACACUGCUAGCGACCGGUUCGAGCAGCCCGAGCUCAACACAGUCCGGUUCGUUAUCGCUCGCCAGCUCGCAACUAUCGCAGGCACCAUCGAUCGCCGGGACGGCGAAUGUCACCGCUCAAGGACAGCCGGGACAGCAGGGACAGCCACAGCAACCGAACAGCCCUCCAGGACAAUUCAUUCUUCCUGCCAGCAGCACCAUCAAACCGGGCGUGCUGGCAACACACGUAUAAACACG